CUGUUGUCUGUGUCUGUUGCCUGUGUCUCCGCUGCCAUGCUCCUGUAAACACAAGCCACGUGACGAGCUCCGCUGCCUGUCAGGGGCUUCGCGGCGCUGGGGGCGAGAGACGGAGGAGUUAGUGGAGGAAGUUAGUGAGGAGCAGCUGUCCGUCGGUGCUAGCAUGUAACCUUUCGGCGAGUCGGAUACGGCACCGCAGCGAGGGAGACAAGAAGGCAGCAGCAUUCAUGGAUAUUGUGGACACCGUGAACCACUUAAUACCCAGUGACCAGUUGGAUGACUCCCUGACAGUAGGUCAGAAUUUGGAAUGUGAGGCGGGUAAAGAGUUAGCGUCCGGACUGCGACUGGAAGAUUCACCGAAGAACAUGCUCAGUGACAAAGAUCCCAUGUUUGGAGGUGCAGGCUCUCAGUUCAAUCUGCUGGACAAUGAGGACACUGCGUUUCCGGGUACUGGCUCCACCGGUCUCGGUGAAAUUUCGGGACCCACGGGUGUCAGCAGUGAACUGACUCCUACAGAGACCACACAAGACAAGAGUCCUGUUGGCGGGCAGAAGAAACGUACACAACACAGUGGUGACCCACAACCUGCCAACACAUCCACCGACGCCAUGAGCCGAGGACGACCAGGAAGGAAGCCAGCCAACAGGCUGAAGAACUCGUUUAUCAUCGACAAAGGAGUCAAAGGCACCCAGCUAAAGAAAGAGUUAACUCUGGGAGGGCGCAUCAAUGUUAAUGACCUUGAUGGUGGAUUAUGGCUGAAACCUGCGGUUGUAUUGAGACGACUGACGGUUACAAUUGCGGGAUUCAAGAUCGAGUUGCUUCCGGGUCCCUCCUAUACACAGUGCGUUGAUACAAGCCAGGCUGCGUGCUUCGACGACGGCAUAGCGUACAGCGGGGACGUAAGUUUUGCCGUAUUGCCAAACGAUGCCGUCACUGUACAGAAUCCCACAGCUGAGAAAAUCCCGGGUGUACUGGAGGUGGAGGUAACUGAGGAGAGCACAGCCGAUGAUGUAGCCCUGGGGCUGGGCCCGUAUGUGAAUCCUAAUGAUGUGCAGACCUCCAACGGGACAUUAAAAGGGAGCCCCUGCACACAAGAAACAAAGCUCGACAAUCAGAGUAUUCCUGGAAUGCAAAAGCCAGUCGCCCAAGAAAAAGACGACACAAAACAACCCCAAUGCAACGAGAACAACAGAACGACUGAUAGUAAGACUGAGGGUAAGGAAAAACAGCAGAAUAUGGCCAAAAAUCUUCUUAAAUCUAAACAAGGACUGACUCCGAACAAGCAUCAAGACUUGGUUUCAUGUAAACCAAGAACCACGAUCAAAGAGCAUAAAGUAUCCCCAAACCCGCCAUCAAAAUCCAUCCAAAAGUUGUCUGACCUGCACAAAAAUCAACCUCUAAAGGAAAAGAAAGACAUUGCACCAUUGAAAAGACCUGCAGAAAACACCCAAAGUGAGCAUGCUUCUAAAGCACAAAAGAUACAGGGCACGGGAGAUGGUAAAGUGAAGCCAAAAGUGUCAAAUCCACCUAGCUCAGGGGGGAAGAAGAGCCCAUCGUCUGGCAGCCGCGUUGGUGAUCAGCAGACACCAACCAAACACACUCCCCCUCCCAACAGCUCCAAAGUUGAGACCGCUCAGCCGGCGCCUAAUCGUCCGAGCCACGUGGUAAAAACGCCCGAAGAAGCAGGGCAAGAGAAGCCCAAACUGAAAAAGCCAGAAAAGAUCCUGCAAAGACUGAAGAGCAAAACCACAAGAAGCAUCUCUGUGGAUGAGCCGCAGCUAUUUAUUCCAGAUAACGCUCCUGUUGUGAAGAAGGAAACGACGGAGGAGCAGUCUGCCAACAGUGAGACCGUGUGGGAUGGAAACAACUGCUGUGGCUUGUGCAAGAAACACCACAAUAACACGUUCAUGGUAGGCUGCGGUCGCUGUGACGACUGGUUCCACGGCGACUGCGUUGGUCUCGACCUGACGAAAGUAGGUGAGAUGGAGGAGGAGGACCAAAUGUACGUUUGCUUGAAGUGCUGUGAAGAGGAGAGCCGGAAGGUGGAGCCGGAGGUCCAGAGUCCGGCCAAACCAGAAGUUCAAGAAAAGACUGAGGUACAGGAUCACAAGCUGCCCCCCAAGCCCAGACCGGGACCUUCCCAGACACUCACAUCAGGGGGGGUCAGACCAGUAAGAAAGGAUCCUGACAGAAGGCACUCUGCAGAUGCACCUUAUAAAACAGGCGUUCAACUGAAACAAGAGACGAAAAGUAAGAGUUCAGCUUCAAAGAAACCUGUGUCCGUGGAGGCAAUCAGGCGGAGUGUGCGUGAUUCUCUAAAAGAAAUCCUUACACAGAGGUUGAAGGAGUCCGAUUUGAACAUCUCAGUUGAGAGGGCCUCUGAAGUGGCAAAGAAGACAGAGAGAGAACUUUUUCACUUGUAUAAAGACACUGACAACAAAUAUAAGAACAAGUACCGGAGCUUAAUGUUUAACCUCAAAGACACGAAAAAUUUUGUUCUCUUUAAGAGGGUUCUCAAAGGGGACAUUUCACCUAGUAACCUGAUUCGAAUGAGUCCUGAGGAACUGGCCUCGAAAGAAUUGGCUGCUUGGCGACAGCGGGAGAACCGACAUACAAUUGAGAUGAUUGAAAAGGAGCAAAGAGAGGCAGAGAGACGACCCAUCACCAAGAUCACACACAAGGGCGAAAUUGAAAUCGAAAGCCAAGAACCAGUGAAAGCGCCUGAGCCUGCGGAGCUGGAGCCUCCUGCCAACGUGACUGAAGUCUCUGCCGAACCUCCAGACAACCCGGAGAAGAAAGCGGAGAACAAGACGGAGAAAGACACUACCAACCAACACAAGUCUCAUUUAUUUGACCUACACUGCAAAAUCUGCACAGGCCGUAUGGCGCCCCCUGUGGAGGAGGCGGCGACCAAAGUGGUCAAAGUUGCCACGACCGUUGUCAGGAGACAGUCCACCAAAUCAGAGGAAACAAAAGGCACAGCUGCGCCCGCACACGAAGACGACCUGCACCUCAGCGCUUUGGAGGAGAGCUUCAGAAACGCCCAGUCAGGCUUUGAAUCGAGGUCAGAUACCGGAGCUGGAAGAGAAGGCGAGGCCUCUUUCCUUUCCACCCUGAAGUCACUUUGGCGAGGAUUCAUCCACAUGCCCGCUGUGGCAAAGCUAGUGACAAGAGCCUUCCCCGUCUCAGGCAUUUUGGAUAAUUUGACCGAGGACCUGCCGGACAGCAUUCAAGUUGGCGGGAGGAUAAGUCCGCAGAUAGUGUGGGACUACUUGGAGAAGAUUCGGGCAAGUGGAACUAAAGAGGUGUGCCUGAUUCGCUUCUCACCUGAGACUGAUGAAGAUGAGAUCUCCUACACUCUUCUGUACGCCUACUUCAGCAGCCGUAGGCGUUUUGGGGUGGUGUCUAACAACCGGAAACAAGUGAAGGACAUGUAUCUUAUUCCACUGGGCGCCACGGAGAAAGUUCCACACCAGCUUGUUCCCUUUGAUGGGCCAGGUUUAGAGAACAACCGUUCCAACCUUCUCCUUGGACUCAUAAUUCGCCAGAGACCAAAAAGGGAUUUUCUUCCAGUGGACGUGAAUGAAACUGGGAGGAUUAUUCCUGAGAUCCAGCCCAUCGCCGUUUCCACGAAAGAAACCAGAGCAACGGAGGAGGACGAGAAACUGUUUCUCUCUUCUUUAACCGCCACGCAUAAAAAAGAGAAGGACAAACCACUUGACCCCGCCGAGGCUGUCGAUGAGCCAGUCACAGAGGCUUUUGAAGAACCGUCUGCAUCAGAGGAGACCAACAGUCAGGAGUCACAAAAACCACUGCGCUUUCUUCCUGGUGUGUUGUUGGGCUGGGGUGGAGAAUUACCACCUCUGCCAGAUGUUGGAGGACUUCCCGCAGCAGCAGCAGCAGCUGACGACACCCCGAAGACAACAAAGCCACCCCCGAAGACUGAGGCAUCAACUGGAAACUCGAAAAGUCCAACAGCUGCUGCGCCACGAGAUCGCUUUGUCAUCAAGAAGAAAGAGGCUAAACUUCCGAAGACUGAAGUGGAGCUCUCCAGCCCAACUGAAGCAUCUCCUGCUAACAACUCGUUGGGAAAAGAUGCGGCGGUGGUGACCCACGCUGCGCACAUCUCUCUGAAAGAUAAGCCUCCAGAUGUGUCAACUGAAGCCUUCCUGGCGAGCCUGUCGGCUGCGCCGAGUGGGACUGAAACUAUCGGCGCUGCCCCGGCCAUCAAAGACGACGCUGGCCUAUCGUCUGAAACUGAAAAAGGAGCGACUGAAGGGAAUUCUCUGUCGCAGUCAAAACCCCAGGCUGCUUCGGAUCACACGACUAGCUCAAAACCUCCUCUAAGUGGAAUAUUGAAAAAGUCCUCCGCAUAUUCCAGUGUGAAUGAAGUCAAAACAACGGCGCUACAACAAGAUAAAGUCAGCCCCCCAGCUCCUCCGAGUCCUAAACCUGUUCCUGUGUUGAGCAGCGCUAGAAAUGAGGCAGUCACAACAUUUCACCAAGGAUAUUUACAGCUUUCUCAAGCCAAGAACAAACCUGAGGAACAAAACCAAUAUGCUCUUCAAUCGUUUCCCCGUAAGAAGGAAGAUACCGGCAUGUCCGAGAGUGGUGCCGCUGGCAGUCCAGCGGCAUGUCCUCCCGCAGCACAGGAACCACAGGCAGCACCCGCUUUCCCAGCAUACAACAGCGCAGAACCUUUCCCACCGCAACAGCCUCAGGUACUCUGCAGCUACGACUACCCAAGUGGCCCCACCACUCACACGUUCUCCACCCCAAACGCCCAGGACGAGAAUCACAGCACACCGUGGGCUCAGGACGGCACUUCAGAUGUUCCCGAGCUUCAGUCGCAGUACCCCGAGAGUUUCUCCGAGCAUCCUCCGUCCCUGGCCAAAGACCACAGGCGUCCAGAGGAGCGAUACAGUGACCCGUGGGAGAGGCCGCGGACCACCGAGGACAGGGACCACCACGGGCGGCACGGCCACCAAAAGGAGUCCCAUCACGGGAAGAAGAGCCGACACCACGAGCGGGAGAAGAAGCACGAGCGCGGCCACGACGACAAGCACAGAGACCGGAGCCGACACCACGGACACUCGGAGGACCGUCACGCUGAGAGGAGGAAAGAGAGGCACCACAGUGACGAGCACGGCAGCCGCCACAAGGACAGACACAGACACAGGCGGGACUCGGAUCACGAGAAUGGACGGAGAAGUUCAAAAGACAGUUUUUCAUAGUUGUCUUUUUGUUUUUUAAAGCAGGGUCGUGCUACAAUGAUCGUUUGUUUGAUGUUUUAUACGCCAGUCUGCAGAUUCUGUGACGUUUUCUUCGUAGAGGUUCCAUUUUGUUACACAGCCAAACUAUCAUUUCAGAGGGACUGUGAAGAUGAUCACUGAUGGUCUUCAGACCGAGAGGAACUCCACAUCAAAUUUUUAAAACCGUUUUAUCUUAUAUGGAGCUGCCGUACUGACCACAGAUGAUCAGCAGAUGUUUUUUCCGUCUGGACCAUUUGGUGAGAGGUUUCAGUUGGAGCGUUUUGAAUGAAUGUAACGGAAUACAUUUCACUGGACGGUGGCUCCACAACAGCAGCUUUGCUUUUUGUUUUUCCAACUUAAUUUUAAAUUGCUUAAAUAUUUUAUAAACUUACUUUCUAUUGAAAAAGUAUGUACAUUUUGGCUUGUAUAAAAUAGAGAUCAAGUGUGCCUUUGCACUGUGUGUUUAUGUACAGUUCGUAAUAAAGCUAAUCCUCUUUUUAUAUUA